UGUAUUUUGUUGUUAUGGGCCAGUAUAUCUAUAUGUAUGCAUAUAGCUUAUACUGCAAUACACUUUGUAGUUUGAUUUCGUGUUAUUAUCGAGUUUAUUAUUUAGAAGAUUGUGCGAUCUUUAAAAUAACUGAGUUUCAAAAAUGAAUAAAAGCCAUGAUAAGAAGUCAGGUAGACGGAGCAGAUCACGAGAAAGAGACAGAGAUAGAGAUAGAGAACGUGAACAUAGGGAGAGAGAUCGAGAACACAGAGAGAGGAGGAGAAGUAGGAGCAGAUCAAAAGAUCGUAAAAAAGAUAGAAAGAGAUCUAGGUCUCGUGAAAGGGACAAGUCUCGUGGUAGAGAACGCUCCAGAGAAAAGGAGAUUGAUAGAACCAGAGAUAGAGAACAAGAUAGAUCCAGAGAAAAAGAUCUGGAUAGAAGUAGAGACAAAGGACGUGAUAAGUCUAGAGACAGAAGAGAUGAGAAAGAUAACAAAAACAAAGAUGAUAAGAAACAUAAGCCAAGUCCUUCAGCUGAUGAUGAUAAAAAGGAUAACAAGAACCAAACCAAAAAAGAAGAAGAUGAACAAGAGGAACAAGCAAAAGCAGCAUCUAAAAAAGAACCUCUAAGUUUAGAAGAAUUGCUUGCUAAGAAAAAAGCAGAAGAAGAAGCUCGUGCGAAACCGAAAUUCCUCACCAAACAAGAAAGGGCAGCAUUGGCAUUACAAAAGAGGCAAGAGGAAGUAGCUGCAAUGAGAAAGCAGCAAGAAGAACAGCGAAAAUUAUUGCCACAGACCGAAGGGUCCAGCAGCUCGAGUAACAACAGAGAAUGGGAUGAUCGUGAUAGGCGCAGAGAAAAUCAAAGGUCUCGUGAUGAAGAUGUAAAAGACAAGGACAAAGAAAAGGAAGUAGAGGCAAUAAAAGAACGAUAUCUUGGACUAAUAAAAAAGAAACGUCGGGUGAGAAGGCUCAAUGAUCGUAAAUUCGUAUUCGAUUGGGAUACAACGGAAGACACGUCCGUUGAUUACAAUAAUAUUUAUAAAGAGAGACAUCAGGUCCAAUUCUUUGGAAGAGGAAAUUUGGCUGGUAUUGACAUCAAGGCUCAAAAGCGCGAUCAAAGCAAAUUUUAUGGAGAAUUGCUGGAAAAAAGAAGGACAGAAGCUGAAAAAGAACAAGAAAAGGUGCGAUUAAAAAAAGUAAAAAGGAAAGAAGAAAAGCAAAAAUGGGAUGAUCGUCAUUGGUCGGAAAAAGCAAUAGAUGAAAUGACGGAGCGUGAUUGGCGUAUUUUCCGAGAAGAUUACAAUAUUACUAUCAAGGGUGGAAGAAUACCUGAUCCGAUCCGGUCGUGGAAGGAAUCAGGUUUUCCUAAAGAAAUCUUGGAUAUUAUCGACAAAGUUGGUUAUAAAGAUCUCACGCCUAUUCAACGACAGGCCAUUCCAAUCGGUUUACAAAAUCGCGAUAUUAUCGGUGUAGCCGAAACUGGUUCCGGUAAAACGCUGGCUUUCCUUAUACCACUUUUGUUGUGGAUUACAAGUCUGCCUAAAAUUGAACGCACUGAUGAAGUGGAUCAAGGACCUUGGAGUAUAAUUUUAGCGCCAACUCGUGAGUUGGCGCAGCAAAUCGAAGAAGAAACCAAUAAAUUUGGACAGCCAUUAGGAAUUAGGACAGUGGUCGUCGUCGGUGGUCUUUCCAGGGAAGAACAGGGUUUCAGAUUGAGAAUGGGUUGUGAGAUUGUUAUUGCAACUCCUGGUAGAUUGAUAGACGUAUUAGAAAAUAGAUACUUAGUACUGAACCAGUGUACAUAUAUUGUCCUUGAUGAAGCCGACAGAAUGAUAGACAUGGGUUUUGAACCAGAUGUACAAAAGAUUUUGGAAUAUAUGCCGGUAACAAAUCUCAAGCCGGACAACGAGGACGCUGAAAAUGAAGAAAAGCUUCUAGCUAAUUACAACUCUAGGAAAAAGUACAGACAAACUGUCAUGUUUACAGCUACUAUGCCAGCAGCAGUCGAAAGAUUGGCCAGGACAUACCUGAGAAGACCGGCAGUCGUGUAUAUCGGUAGUAUUGGUAAACCUACCGAACGUACCGAACAAAUUGUACAUAUUAUGGGAGAAGCGGAUAAGAGAAGAAAGCUCAUGGAGAUCCUCAGUCGGGGUGUUGAACCACCAGUCAUUAUUUUCGUCAAUCAAAAGAAAGGAGCGGAUGUGCUUGCCAGAGGAUUGGAGAAACUUGGAUACAACGCUUGUACACUUCAUGGUGGUAAAGGACAAGAACAGAGAGAGUACGCCCUUGCUUCGCUUAAAGGCGGUAGUAAAGACAUUCUGGUUGCUACAGACGUCGCUGGACGUGGUAUCGAUAUUAAGGAUGUAUCUAUGGUUAUCAACUAUGAUAUGGCCAAAACAAUCGAAGAUUAUACGCAUCGUAUCGGAAGAACUGGCCGUGCUGGAAAGGCUGGUGUUGCUAUAUCGUUUUGUACUAAAGAUGAUAGUCAUCUAUUUUAUGAUCUUAAACAAACUAUUCUGGCAAGUCCAAUUUCUACAUGUCCUCCAGAGUUGCUUAAUCAUCCGGAGGCGCAGCAUAAACCCGGGACAGUUGUUACUAAAAAACGACGAGAAGAGAAGAUUUUUGCUUGAAAAUUUUAAGGCAUUUUUUUCUAAUUCAAUGAUUGUAUUCAAAAUAAAACGUUCAAGUAUGUAAGUAAUAACUUAUAUUAUUCAAAGUAACUCCGAUGGACUUAAUUGUACACACAUUGAACUGAUAAGAAUAGACGUAGCAAAGUUUAUUUAAUAUACAAUUUUUAGAUUGUUAAUAAAAUAAAAAAGAAGAUUUUAUAUAAUCAUAA